GAAGUAGGAUGUCAUAAAGGCGUGUUAGCCACCAGUCACUAUGCAAUGACUCCAUGUCUGUGUCUGCUCUCAGUGUGGCCACUGCUUCCAUCGACAACUCUGAGAAAUGACUCUUAUACUGCUCCUGUUUUUGGCAGUGACAGCUAGCUGGACUGGACCUGUUCAAUGUGAAGAUGAAGGGAAGGAAGAGACAGAGAACGCAUCAGAAGACUCUUUGGAAGUAACAACUUCUAUAACGGAAACCAAUGCAGAAGACCCGGAGAAUCAUGAGAAUGCAGGCUCUGGAGAUUACACAACUCAAGGUGCAGAUAAUGCAGAUCGAGACUCUUCAGCAAGCCGUAAAUUAGAUGAUGAUGCGGAAAUAAAUCCAACUGAUGAGACAGAAACAGAUACAGGUGAUCUGUACACAGUCAUCAUCAUAUCUCUGGUUCUCACACUCAUCAUCAUCCCUGUCAUUGUGUGUGGAGUCGUGAUCUACUGCAGAAGGAGGACAAAAGUUGUGGACGAAAAAGAAGAUCAUUAUUUGGAUAAUGAAGACCAUGAGAAGGUGCCAAUGCCCAUGUUUGAGGAUGAUAUUCCAUCAGUGAUGGAGCUGGAAAUGGAAGACCUAGAAAACUGGAUGUCGAAAGGCAAUAGCUGUGGAGCUCACGCUGUUCUUGCAGCACCCUCAUGAUGUGGCCCCUCAUAUCAGUUGUUGCACAGUGUACUUACUGAGGUGUAUAUGGUAAAUGUAUUUGCAGUUCGGUGAAACUGGCUUUCAAAUUUUGUAAUGCUAAUAUAAAAUGUAAAAACAUUGUGAGAUGUAAAGCAUGUUACCCUUUGGACAAAAAAAAGAGACAAUUAUCAGAUGAGAACCUGUUGUUCCAGUCAGUUGCACUGAAAAAGCUCUUGGAUGCUGAUAUGGUUCUAUGUAAACUUGAAUUUUUGUUUUGAGUGCAACACAAUGACAAACCAUGAUGUUUCUUUAUGCCACAACAUUCUGAAAAUAUUUAUAUGGUGUAGUUUAAUUCUGUCAAUCAGCAUUUCAUUAUUCAAUGUAAAUAUAAAAACACUUUUUAAAACUUUUUUAUUUAUUUUUAAACUUUUUUUUCAGCAUUUUUCUUUUCUUGACAUGCUUUUCAUGGUCAUGUUUAUUAGUAUAUUGCAAUUUAAAUGAAUAACAGGAACUCAUAGGAAAAGCCACCAAAAUGAAAAAUCCCCUUUGUUAUUUUAUAAUAAAAGAGGAACAGCUGAAAUUGUGUUUGUAUUGAGUGCAUAUGUAUUAAUGUGACCAAAUGUAUGUUGUCAUUCUAAGAGGAAAUUACUGGGGUGUUUUAUUAAAAAUACUGAACCUAAAUUAGAUAUACCGAAUAUGAGUUCGGUAUAUUAUAUAGUAUAGUAUAUUCGGUAAGUUAGUCGUUUAACUUCAACAAUGGCAAAUUACAUCCCUCUAAAGCAUUUUUAUGAUAAUUCUGUGUUUUCUAAAUAUGUUUUAAAUAAAAAACACCAAUUUCUUACAUCUACAAUUGCUUUCUGAUUCUAUAAACAUACAUCAUUUAACAAUUAUUUGGUAACAUAUUUCAAAGAUAAAAACUGCAGAGUGAUAAAGUGUUACUUUGGUUUAGAUGUGUCAUCAAACCAUGAAUGGUUGCCUAUGUUCUGACUUUUAAACCACAGAAUCAGUUAUGCUGCUUCUAUGACAGUCUCUCUACCUCUCUGUCCCUCAAUUAUCUUGCAAUCUUCCCUUUGGCCUAUUUUUGCCAUCGGAAAAAAGGGUGAUGAGUGAAGUACACAUGGUGUGUGUCCACCAGUAUGUGAAUAAAUGAAUGUGGCUCAGUCCCCUAGCUGCUGAGUUAAGAGGCGCUUCAAGUGUCUCAUAAAUAAUUGACCCAGAGAGUGCCACAUAUUCCAGCACAGGCUCACUCUAUAAAGCACCACUAUCAGACUUAUGACAAAUCUACAGCUGUAUCUCUUGACUGCUUUUAUACUUUAUAGCCUCAUGCAAAGGUAUGAUUACUGAUUGGAAUAGUCUGUAAUGUUUUGACUUAUGCAAAAUGUACGAGCUCAGAGCAACCAAAAAAAAACUGUUUCAUAUAUUCUAUAAAUAAAUAGGCUACCAUGGACUUUAUAAGGGAAGUCUUACCGACUGUUAAUUCAAUAAAAGUAAACAUUCGGCUUUAUAUAUAUUGAGUGUUGUGUAUUUUCUAAUUGAGAGAGUCUGGAAUAUGAUGGGAAUAAAAAAGAACAACGUUUACCGUUGAGUGGGGUUUGGAACAAAGCACAACUUCAGGGAAAGACUGCUGUUAUCACGUGAUGCAGCAAACUAGACAGAGUACAGUGUAACAGCGGUGGAAAACAAAACCAGAUGGAACUCGUUAGAUAGUUUUUCCUUUCAAGUCUUGUCUGGUCUGUUUGGCUUUAAAACUUUGUUGAUCAGAAGAAUGUGUGCAGAUACAUUUGGGUUCUUGAAAGAGUUGAUAGUUCUCGGGUUUCAAAGAGUAAAUAUGAAAGAUUUUGACAGUUAUUAGCCUAUCUCAAAAAGUGCAUGACGUAUAGGCUAUUUGAUGUGCUUGUAGAUUAUAAAAUAUAAACGUGGCUUUUAUCAGCUUUUUACAGUCUAUUUUAUAUCAAUCAGCCUGCAUUGUAGAUUUUACUGUUGAGCUAUGCAAAAUAUAGGCUACUUUGAUUUCAUCUCUUUUGAAAAACGGCAUCCGAGGCACAUGAGUUCAUAAAAGUAGCAUGUUAAUUACUUUCUAUGAAUUAUUUCUAUACAAUUAUUAUUUUUAACGUAACAAAAACAAACAUCCAAACGCAAUAUACACAACAUUUGAACAGCCUAGCUCUGCACAAUAAACCGUCAAGAUGCAUAUCUUUAUAAUUAUAAAAUCUAUACAAAAAAAUAUAAUAAGUAAAAUAAUUAGCACUUACGGUGGCAUUUCAUUGUACUUCAAAAUGUCCACAUAAAUUAUACCUUCUACU